UAAUUAAAACUAAUAACAUAAAAUGGAUUUGCGAUAAAUAUAUAUAAAAAACUAUUUAUUAAACAAAUAUAUAAAGUGUACAGUAUUUAAAUAAAAAUAUAAUUUGUGUAUAGUGUAAAAAAAAAGUGUGUCACUUGUCUGCAAUUAAUUAAAGUUCUGAAUAUUUGAAUUGUAAAUAAAUAAAAAUUUUCGUUUCUUCUAGACUAUGGAAUGUUUAUAUAUAAAUAUAUGUAUUGAAUACUAAAUAGUAUUGGAGUAGUUGGAGUAAAUCAGGACUGUGGUAAUUAAAGUUACCAUCUCCAGUAUACAUGAGUACAGCAGAGCCAGUCGGAGUCAGAUCAUCAACAAUAGGAUAUAGGAUAGUACAGUAUAGCAUCAGCCAUCGCCUUGAAAAUUACAAUUACAAUUACAGGAUUACAGUGGGCUGCUGUAACGCAGUUUAAAUUUUGUAACGGUCGUGUCGUGUGUAUUGCAUUGGAGUAAAAUAAUAUAAGAGUAAACUAAACUCCGAAACUUAAUUAAUCAAUUAUUUUACUUUUUAUUCAUGUUUAUUUUCGAGUGCGUCUUUAUUUUUUUAUAUGUUAAACAUAUUGUGUAUGUAAACAGUAUUUUAAAUUUAAAUUGUGCAUAUGUAAUAUAAAACAUUGGAUAUUUUUUAUAUUUAUAUACAUAUUGGGUGUGAUUGCGUAUGAAAAAAAUUUUAAUUAUUUAAAUUUAUUUGUGCAUAAUAACAAUUAUGAAAAGAUUUUAUAUCUGUAAAUAAAAAUAAUAUUUUAAUGUUUAUUUAUAUAUUUUAUAUAUAAAAAUUAAUUGCAAAAAAUUACGAUGGAUAAUUCAGAUUCAUUACUGAUGUGUGCUACGGAGUUGAUAAAAGAUCGGUUUUAUUUUGUGACAUUGCAAGCUGAUGUCAAACCUAAAAGUACUCUAGACACCCAUUACUUUAGUAUCGACGAUGAAUUAAUUUAUGAAAAUUUUUACGCCGACUUUGGGCCGUUAAAUUUGGCGAUGCUUUACAGAUACUGUAUGAAAGUCGAUAAGAAAUUGAAAACAUCGGGUUUUUAUAAGAAAAAAAUAUUACACUAUACAAUAAGUACCGAGCCAGAGAAACGUGUUAAUGCAGCAUUUCUUGCUGGUAGCUAUGCAAUAUUAUAUUUAAAAAAAACAGCUAGAGAAGUAUACGAAAGCCUGGUGAAUAGUCCAAAUAGUCCACCCUACAUAAUGUUUCGCGACGCAUCAUUUGGUGCGCCGUGUUAUCAGAUCUCCUUGAAGGAUUGUCUGAGUGCCAUUUACACGUGUCAUAGAUUGGGAUUUUUCAACUUUGACGAUUUUAAUGUCAAAGAGUACGAGUACUACGAGCGAGUAGAAUACGGUGAUUUAAAUUGGAUUGUUCCUGAUAAAUUUAUAGCAUUUUGUGGUCCACAUGCUAAACUUAACAAUGAAAAUGGAUAUCCAUUACAUGCACCAGAGUCAUAUUUCUCUUACUUCCGUCAAAAUAACGUUACGACAAUUGUACGGUUGAAUAAAAAAAUUUAUGAUGCAUCACAAUUUAUAAAUGCCGGAUUUGAUCACCGUGAUUUAUUUUUUCGUGAUGGUUCGACGCCAGCGGAUAGUAUUGUGAGACAAUUUUUAAAAAUUGCUGAAAAUACAAAUGGUGCUAUUGCUGUGCACUGCAAAGCUGGUCUUGGUAGAACAGGUUCAUUAAUUGGAUGUUAUAUAAUGAAACAUUAUCAUCUAACAGCACAUGAGACAAUUGCUUGGAUUAGAAUAUGUAGACCUGGUUCUGUUAUUGGCCAUCAGCAGCAAUGGCUUGAAGAGAAAGAAUAUUCUCUUCAUUUAUUGAGGAGAGAUCCACUACAAGUAGACAGCAAUGGAAACCCGCCUCAUUCACGUGGAAUAUAUUCGAAAUUAGGAUGCAGUAGUGGUGGGACAUCAACUUUCUUGACAUAUUCAACUAAAAUGAAUCCGAUUGCUGGUACAGCAUUGGAGCAGCGUCAGCAGCACGAUAAUGUAUCCGGAAUAGUACAUCGUGUAGAUGAUAUUCAUCUUGACGACUCAUCGUUACUAUCGACAACAUCUACGUCGACUACGACAUCAACACCAACAACGACAUCGACAAUCACAAGUGCUGGUAAUAAUACUAAAUUGCAGCAACAAAAGCAGCAACGCCCACAACGAUUUGCCUUAAACAUAAAAACUCAAGGAGACAAAUUGAAUGAAAUUAAAAUACGUAGACAGACGUCGUCUUAUGCUAAUAAUUUUAGUAUUGGUAGAAAAGGUAUCGGACAGCCUACUGUUAUGCUGCCUAAUUUGGGGCUGCUGUUGAAGUCAUCAACGUCUUCGUCAUCCUCAUCAGUUACGUCGAGAGCUAAUCAGAAAGGAACGAGCAAUAAUACGAUAGCUACCAUUAUUGGAUCUAAAAAAGAUAUCAAUAAACGUUUACUUUCACGUUCAAAUACUUCGGGAACAGCCACACUCACUAAAAGAAAUACUCGGAGAUUGAGCUGCAGUGGUAACAGUACCAUUAACAGACCAUCUCCAUGCUACAUGAGGUCUAAAUCAACAACGCAGAUGCAUAAUAAUCAUAAUAAAAAUAGUGUCCUGAUGUCUAACUGCAGCAGCGUAAUAAGAUCUGGUUGUACAAAUACUAAACCAAUAACACGAUCCUUUGCUUCACGUGAACCAGCCUCACUGUCAUCGACUACAAAUAUCAUCACACAAAUCCGCCGCCCGACUUUAUUACCUUCUUCAACUGCUGCUACAACUACUUCAGUUACUAAUAACAAUAACAAUAAUAAUAAUAACCAAAAUUCAACUCAGCAACAAUUGUCAACAAAUACAGGCAGCAUGGUACUAAGAUCUGCUGAUCGUGUAAAUCGUUACUUCUCUAAAAAAGAUGCGCGCACGGCAAUAACUUCAAAAACUGCAUUUAUCAGAUGAUUAACCGACGACGAUAUUCUUAGUGGUAUCAAGCGGCGUAGACGUCAACGGCGGAGUGUUAUAACUGGGGAAACGACGAGCCGCAGGACUUCAGCGAGACAGCAGCAACAGCAACAACGAUGAUGAUCAAGAUUAUUGACAGAUAAUAUCUAAAAUCUAAUCACGGCAGUUUUAUUUUUUAUUUUUAAUAAUCACCUUGCAAUUUAUAAUAAUUAACAUCCCAGAUAGGAAAGUAUUAUAAUUUAAUUAUAAUCUCGAUAUUGUCGUUGUAAUUAUGGAGAAAGUGGUCUGGAAAUUCCGAGCUCGAUUUUUAAUUGAUGAAAAAAUCUCGGUGCUUUAAUUGUUAAUUGGAAAUUAUUUUAUUACCAAUAAGAUAUUAUUCUAUUUUAAUUUUUAUUUAUAAUCGCGUUCGUGUUUCGGUAAAUUGAAAAAUUUGCGGAGUGAACGCGGAUUAAAUCCGGAGCACAUGACUGUGUAGAUACUAAAUUUAUUUAAUCCCCUUGAAGUGAAAUUUACUACAAAAAGAAGCUUCUUUUAGUAUUAAAACUCUGGUUCGGACUGAAAUUGACUCCUAAAAGAAGUUUAUUUUAAUAUUGAAAUUCCGAAUCGGAGUGAAUGCAGACUAUAAAAAAAUCCAGAUCACUGAAAUCACUCCACUGGAGUAACAAACUCCGUAUGCAGAGUGAUUUUUUCUAAAAAUCCGGAACUCCCAGUGACGGAAUUGAUUCGGAUUUUAAAAAAAUCCGAAAUCACUCCGAAUAUACUCCCGAUUUUUUACAGUGUACGCAACUUCUAUCAUUAAUUAAAAAAUCAUCUCGGUUGUACAAAAAAUUAUUUGACACUAAAAUAAUUUGUUAUUUAAUUAAAAAGAAUAUACUCAGAUAUUCUCAUGUAUAUUUAAGUAUGGGUAGAUAUAGAGUAGAGGUACCAUUUGUGGCCACUGCCCCAUUUUUGGACAUUUGAUGCUUUAUUUUAAUUAAUGAAAACGUAUAAAAUAAAAUUACCAUUAUAAUAGCGGGUUAAAAGUAUCUUUGAACACAUUUUAAAAAUAGUGCACUUGUAUUACCUUACAAAUACAAAAUAAAUGAAACACAAGCAAUUGAAGUCCGGAAAAUUGCUUGACUUGGACAUGUUGAGAGUAAUGCACUACCUCAAACGCUUCGCGUCAUGAGGCGUGCAAUUAAUUACGUCAUUGCGCCUUUUAUAAAUUAUUUUAUUAAAAUUUUUCAAGUGUCCAAAACUGGCCCUAAAGUGGCCAAAAAUGGUACUCUACCCUAUCCCUGCUUAAAAAAUCCGAUUCUUAUUGAUGUAUGUAUAAGGCUCUACACUUUAUAGCCCUUUUCAUAGAACUCAUUCAUUCUUAUAAAAUCUCUAUAGGAAUUUAUGAGAAUCUGUUGGAUUCUAUAAGAUUUUCUAAACAGGGAUGCAUGUAUGAUAACAGAUAUAGCCAUAUAUACUCAUGCCUGAUAUCAUGUAUCAGUCAUAAGAGUAAAUGCUGCAUUAUAUGAACAAUUAAAAUCACAUAUAUGAAUAUAUGACUAAAUAAUGAAAUUAUGUGUUAUAUCGGUCACGAAUUUCCUCACCAUUUUUUCUGAUACUAAUGACAAUAUCAUAUUUUUCCACUGGGAUAAUACGUAAUGCAGUAAAUGAUAAUCAUAAUAAUAUUAUUAAUAAUAAUAAUGAUAAUUAUUAAAUAUACAAUUUAAUACAAGCAGAUAUUUAGUUUGUAGAUUUUUUCUUUUUUAUUAAAAAAAAAAAUAUAUAUAUAUAUCAUCUAUAAAUAGCUAUUAGAAAAUUAAAAGAUUUUAAUAAUUGAUUAAUAAAUAAAAUGAAGUAAUAAUUGAGUAUAUAUAUAUAUAUGUAUGUAGACCGUAGGCUGUAGAUUGUUUAAUAGAUUUUCAAAUAUUGUUUUUAAACACAAUAUGUAUAUAAGUGAGUAAAUUUUUAAGUGUAAUUUCUUUCGCACAAUAUAAAAUUAAUAGGAUAGAAGUACCGUUUUGGCCAUUUAGAAAUUUUGAAUAAAAUAAUUUGUAAAAUACGCAACAUUUUUUUUUUUCUAAAUGUAUUUGAAGAUAUUUUUAUCACACUAUUGCAAAAAAAUUUUUUAAUACGUUUUCAUUAUUUAAAAUAAAGUAUUAAAUGUCCAAAAAUGGAGCAGUGGCCACAAAUGGUACUUCUACCCUACAUAAAAUAAUAAUGUAGUGACAGAAUGUAGAAAAAAAAAAACUAAACUGAUAUUAAAAAUUAACAAGUACAAAUCAUAUUUAUACUUUUUA